UUUCAAUUGAGCGAAACGGAUUCGAGCUCCCCCAAAAGCCACUUUUCCCCACAUUAAACCCUUUUUCGGGGAAGACAGGGGUCCAACGAUCCCCUCGAAUCGGAUUCACUCUUUUGUCGAUCACCCAGGAGCACCAGGAAAAUGGCAUUCAUGCAGGCGCAGAUCACCAUGAGGGCCUUUGGAGCUGUAGAGCUCGGACACUGCGGCCCUUACAGGACAGUCGCGCGACAUGUCUCGACGUCUACAGUAGAGUCUUAUCUUUCAGUUUCGCAAGUCAUCCUACUACUUCACACUACGGAUUUAUUGCAGCUCAGGAAGCAUUGGACUCAUUACUGCCAGCUAUCUAUACUAUAUUGAACACUGAUAGUUUCGACAUCGUGUCUCCAAGACUCUGGUGCCGACCUCGAAGCAGAAGUUUGUCCAUGUCGCCGGUCAGGAGAUGGUCCCUAGUCAGCAGCUUCUACUCCGCUCCGGCAUGAUGCGCCAGUCAUCAUCUGGUAUCUACUCCAUCCUUCCAUACGGUCAGCGGAUCCUCGACAAGAUUGAAGGGAUCAUUGAUGACGAGCUGGAGAAGAUCGGAUGCCAAAAGCUAUCACUGCCAAAUCUGCUCACCGCCGAAAACUGGAAAAAGACAGGCCGUUGGGAAAGUACAGGACAGGAGAUGUUCAAGGUCAAGGAUCGUAAGGGUGCAGAUUUUUUACUGGCACCGACACAUGAGGAGGAAGUCACCACUUUGAUCGCUAAGGAAAUCCAAAGUUACCGUCAAUUGCCCAUUCGCGUCUAUCAGGUUGGAAGAAAGUUUCGAGAUGAGCUGCGAGCAAGGAGCGGGCUGUUGCGCGGAAAGGAAUUUUUGAUGAAGGAUCUGUACACAUUUGAUGUCUCUGAGGAGGAGGCCAUGAAAACUUAUGAUGAAGUUGUGUUGGCGUACAGGAGGAUCAUGCAGCGACUUGGCGUGCCAUAUGCUGUCGCUGAGGCAGACACAGGAAAUAUCGGAGGCACGCAUUCUCAUGAAUUCCAUAUUCUUUCAAGAGUCGGAGAGGACUCGCUGCUGUCGUGCGCAUCAUGCGGAUACACCUCAAAUGAAGAACGCGCUAUCGGUGUAAUCCCUACCGAUCCCACCAAGGCUGCGACGAAGUUCCGUAACUCUGAAGCAGUUCCCAAGUGGAUCGAGUCGCUGGAUGUAGUCCCCCGAUCUGCUGUGAGAAUCAAUCCCAAGCUCAAAUUCGGAAUCAUGAAGACCCCCUCAGCUGAUGACGCACAACCCGAGAUCUGCACAAUGGUCGCCGUGGCGACCUCCGGUGACCGUGAUGUGAACGAGAUCAAGGUAUCAAAAGCGAUCGGAAAAGUAGAAUUUGUGGACUCGCUAGAGGAUCUCAAGCCGUUAUUGGGAGAUACCAAGGUGGACAAGCUGAAGCUGUGCGUGGACCAAUCACUAUAUCCAGGACAAACUUCCUUAAGAUCCAAACAGGUGGCCCUCCAGGGCAACAUUCCUGAUGAUCUGAAGGCCAUGGUUCGCUCGAGGGAUGCCAAUGCGGACCUCCAGGUGGUUUAUGGUGAUUACCACAAUUGCAAACCAGAUGACGGAUGUCCUCACUGCUUCCAGCUCAAGGACUCGAUGGAGCCCAUGCAAAUGACGAGGGCUAUCGAGAUCGGUCACACAUUCAUGCUCGGCACCAAAUACUCUCAGCCCCUGGAUGCGGUGUUUGCGCCGGCGAGUGGCACGACACCGGAGCCGAUGCAGAUGGGGUGUUACGGCCUAGGUAUCACACGUCUGCUGGCAUCGAUCAUCGAAGCCUCGCAUGACCACAAGGGCAUUAUCUGGCCUGAGGCAGUUGCGCCGUUCAGGGUGGUGAUUGUGACCUCGGAGGACGAAGGGUGCAUCAACGCGGCCGAGGAUGUGCACGAUGUAGUGCAGAAGGCGCUGAAUGCAAAGUCAGAGGUGAUUAUUGACGACAGGACGGACACGACGCUGGGAUUCAAGAUGAAGGAUGCCGAGCUGAUUGGAUACCCCUGGAUGGUUGUCAUUGGAAAGGGCUUCAUGAGGACUGGUCAGGUGGAGGUGCAACACCGGAGUACGGGUGAAAAAUGGGCAUUGGAGUGGGACAAGAUCCACCCUUUCUUUCAGGAACGGCAGCUGUGAGAAUGCAUCAUAGAUCUUCAAAAAAGUAUUAGUUGAUUGAAUAUGAUCUGGACUCUAUUCCACAGUUCUACAGCUCUAGUUUACAGCAACUGUCAACAAGCACAGCCCGAGGGACAGACACGAAUAGAGC